AUGGUCACACUGGACUGGGAGAAGUCCACACUGGACUGGGAAAUGGCCACACUGGACUGGGAAAUGGUCACACUGGACUGGGAGAAGUCCACACUGGACUGGGAAAUGGCCACACUGGACUGGGAGAAGUCCACACUGGACUGGGAAAUGGCCACACUGGACUGGGAGAAGUCCACACUGGACUGGGAAAUGGCCACACUGGACUGGGAAAUGACCACACUGGACUGGGAGAGGUCCACACUGGACUGGGCUGACCUCCCCUGGGCUGACCUCACCUGGACCGACCUCCCCUCGACUGACCUCCCCUCGACCGAACUCCCCUCGACCGAACUCCCCUCGACUGAACUCCCCUCGACCGACCUCACCUUGACCGACCUCACCUUGACCGACCUCCCCUCAACCGACCUCCCCUCAACCGACCUCACCUCGACUGACCUCACCUCGACCGACCUCCUCUCAACCGACCUCACCUUGACUGAUCUCACCCGGACCGACCUGACCUGGGCCGACCUGACCUGCACAGACCAGUACGAGUUUAUCUAUCGUUUCGUGGCUGAGAUGUUUCAGAAGGAAUUGGCGAGAGGCCUACACGACCAUCAGAACCUGGCGAAAGAGCCCAGGGCCUCACACAGUCAACAUCUCUCUCAACCUCCUCUGUCGAAACCACUAAUUUCACCCAAGCCUCUCAGCGCCAGCAGCCUCCCGGAGCUAGGCCCGAGGCCUCCAGCUGCGAAGUCGAUGCCUCGAGAGGGUCCAGCCAACGAGACGUAUGCCGCAGUGGCGCGGACGAAGACGGGGGCCGGGGGGGUGCUGGUGCCCCCCAAGGCCUCCCCUCCCCCGGCCCGGCCGGCGGUGGGCUGCGCGUACGAGAACCUGGCCCCGGUGGGGCAGCCCGCCCUAGAGGCGUUGCUGUACAGCACGGUGAUCGUCAAGGACAUGCCUCGCCCAGCAAAGCCGCGCAGCCACCCGGAGGCCCCUCCGAAGGCCAAGGAGACGCACAGCUCCCCCGCCGCUAUCUCCUACGCCAUGAUCGACUUCGGACCGGCCGGCCUGGACCCCCAAGGCUCGCCGGCCACCAGCAGCGAUGUGGCCAGUGAAUACUGGGCUCCUACACUCCCUGAGCGGACAGCUGACUCCUACGUUGUACUGGACGCUGAUGAGUCUGGGGCCUCCUCAUAUUCCUCCAACCAUGAAAACAACAAAAGAUCCAGCAAUCUGAGCAACGUCUUCAAACUGGGACAUCCAGGAAAUGCAGCGAGAAACGCUUCCGUUGCUACAGACGAUAGUUAUGAAGAUGUUUCUGGCGCCUCUUCUCCAGUCGUCUCCAGAUUCAGCUCAUCCAAUGGACUCGGUUUUAAUUCCCGGGUAUCCAAGCCGAAGGGGCCUCGACCUUGCCCUGAGGCCUGGGCUCUGUACGGGCAGUGAAGGCGGCCGUGAACCCCGGCUACAGGCCCAGAUGGUCAGAGGCCGACAGCCAGAACACGACAUCACGAUGGGGGCUCUGCAAUG